AUGAACUCCCGUCUUUUCAACAAGCCGAUCGUCAAAGGUUGCGGUCUGACUGUAGGUCCUUCUUGUGCGUUUGUAUCUUCAGGUGUUUGGCUGCUUACGCAUCCUCUGCCGGCAGAAUCUUUAGAACAAGAGAAGACGAGAAUUUUGUUGUCAUUGCUUUUUGGCACAAUUUCUGUAUCCAAAACGACCAAACAUGACAGCUGCACAGCUCGGUACUCUUUCAAGUUGAAGUGGAAUCUGUGGAAAGUCAUCGAGUCGGAUAUCUUUGGGAUCACGGCUGAAGCGGGAGAAUUAUCACCAUGUGCUAGUGACUAA